CGAUAAGUGCGAUGGGAGUUCAAGUGACGUUUCACGUUCGUACGUUCCGCAACCGUGCGAACAGUACGUACCGCUUUCAACAGGCAGGUCGGCUGAGCCUGUGAAAAUUUCUCGCCGUAUUCACAACAAUCCGCACAAUUGCCUCUCGAUUUGUACCAUUUGGCAAACCGCACAAACUGCGACAUCGUGAACGAAAGGAACGAAAAUAGCAUCCUACAUUUGAGUAUUUAGCAUGGAGUUGUCACAAGAAAUCCAGACGAUUUUACAAAAAUAUCGACCUCACAAACUGCCACAACACACCAAUGAUGAUUACCUGAUUGAUGUGGCAGACAUGGCCUUUGACAAUGAAACUUGGUUGGUGGCAAGCAACCCAGUGGCUGAUCUUACAAAAUUCUUCAAAUCUGAUACAGAUAUGAUGACUUCGAGUGACUCUGACACCUCAAAUGAAACAUACAAACAAUUUGACUCGCGCACAUUCACCCGGCCCAAACGAAAUUUUACGCGUCCAAGUAUUGAGAAAUAUAAUGAAGAAUUCUUUGCAUCCAGUACAAAACCUUCUAAGGUGACACUCAGUGAGGAAAUUGAUAAUUAUAUGUCCAUAUCAAACACAACAAUAGAAGAUGGUAUGACUGAGAAAACAAAGCCUGUGCACUUUGACCUCACACAGCCAAUCAGUACCAGUAUUUUUGAGAAUAUCGCAUCACAGUCAGCAGAAAUGGACAGUUUUCAAAACAUGUCACCACCUAGUCUGGUUAAUUCAAUGUGCUCCUCAACCUUCACCAAUUUAAUGGACAACAGCUUUAUUAAGAAUGAUCCAGUAUUACGGGAAAUUCGCGAUGCCGAUUAUUCCGCUGUAAUUUAUCAAGAAAUGGAACCGCCUUUAUAUCAAUCUAUUACUGAAAGCUGUAGCAGUAUCAAUACGGAAGUGGCGGAAACUUUUGUUCGUAAAACAUUAAAUUCGCUCAAUUGCACAUUUAACAAAAGACUGGACCAGACGCCGAAAUACGUAAGUGACGGAGCACAAUUGCAUGCCGAGAACAUUGACCCAAAUUCAACGUACUCUGCAUUGAACGGCACCUAUCGUAAAAAUAAAACGUUUACCGAUGAAGAUGAUUUGAGUAACGAUCAAAUUGCCAAUGCCACAUUUCAGCUAAAGCAGGAAAUUAUAGUUAGCGACAAGGAAAGUGACGAGUGGAAUUCGACUUUCUCUGUUCAAGAAGAAUCUCCAACGAAUAAUACUCUAAAUGCCACGUUCAGGCGAUCAAAGUCACCGAAACCCGCCACAUUAAAUUCGACGUUUAAUAAGAAUCACAAUGUCAAGGCGAAUUAUGGCAGUGCAAUAACGAUUGUUCCUCAGAUCGAUAAUUAUAUGAUUGACGAUAAUCGAACGAAGCGUCUAAGUGACGAAAUCGACGAUUAUUUGAAACAGAAAAUUAGUUUCUAUUCGGAAUCGGAAGACAAUCCUUUAAUGAAUCGCUCAACAAAUAGAUCUACGGAUAGCUUAGAUCGUUUGAGUAGUUUAUCGAAUAGUAGCCGUGAUUCUAAACUAAUGGCCGAUGUUGAUGCGAUUGUCGAAGCGCAGGAACGCAGUUUACAGCAAGUGAUGUCCACACCCAAGCCGAAAUCACUGGCAAAACCUUUCAGCCAACUGACAAUAUCGCCAAUACCAAAUCUUAAUUUGAAAGAACAUCUAUCUGAUUCGGAAUUAUCUUCUGGUGAAUACAAUACGGUGCGUUCACGAUUUUCUGAUCAACAAUCAGCGAAAAGUUUGAAUAAUUUAAAAUACGUCGAGAGUAUCCCACGUAAAAGCGUUCACACUGUUAGCGACAUGCAGCGCCCCGCUAGUGGCUUGCGACGUCCCUCCACAGCUGGUCGUGCAAGCGGAUUGCGAAAAGAAAGUAAAAUAUCGGGUUCCUAUGGUAACUUGAGGCAGAUCAGUUCAAAUUUUGGCAGCUCCUAUACGAAUUUACGGCCGAAAAGUAUGGUUUUGCCUAAUAUACCAGCCAAGAGUGGAGGUGAUGAAUUUAAAGUACCGCAUGCUGUUCCCAAAACCACCGACACACAUCGUAAUUAUGCUUCAAAUCCUAAUGAUACUUUCGCAAAACCAAAAGUGACUAACCUGCCGAGGCCAACUGGAGGCACAGGUAUUCCUCGUCCUACGUCAAAAAUACCAGGCCCAAGGACUUCAAGAUUACCGUUGGCUAGAUCGAAUGCGUCUAGCAGAACAAAUCUUAGCGACGGCAAUUACUGACAAAUACUAACGGUGGUGUUGUCUUUAAUUGUUAAAACUGUUGUAUCCUAACCAGAAACUAAUGUAGCAGAAUCUAUAUACAAUCGCUCAUUGGAAAUGAUAUGAAAGUGAAGAUCAGUGCCUUUUAUUAAUAUAAAAAAGCGGCUAAUUUUAUACACAAUGUAAUAUACAUUUUCGUAUUUGUAAUGUAAAGCGCAUAUCUCACAUCUCGUGUAUUCUAUCAUUUGUAUAUACAUACAUAUCCAUUACUUUAUUUGUAUUUGCUCAUUGAACAAUUCGUAUUUGUUACAAUUGUUGAUAUUUCAAGUUUACCUAUUUAUUCAAGAUUUUUGUAAUUUUAUUACUGUUAACCCAAUAAUUUUGUUAAAGAAAACAUUGCUCUGUAAUAAAUAUAGUAUAUAGUGCACCUA